AGCUCCCUGCGACCCCAGAACUGUCCACGCCUCGGUCGCCUGCCUUAGAAUUCUCGAAAGGCCUUUCUGAGGUUCUGGAUCCAUCACCAUCUCUCCUCCGCCCCGCCACCCUCCCCCUCGUAAUUCGACCCCCGACGCGCAACAGCCCACUACAGCGCUGGAACAGCAGGGGAAUUGACGGCUCGCGGCCGAGCACCAAGCCAGCGCAAUUGGAGUAGUCCACCAUGUCUACCUAUCUGGACUACACGUACAGCCUGGUCCACCAGGACAAUGCCAGCGACAUUCCGGAUACAAAUGCUCUCAAGCAAGCGCUCGAGAAGGGAAAUGAUGACUCCAAAAUCGAGACCAUGAAGAGGAUUCUCUCCAUAAUGCUCAACGGCGACCCACAGCCCGGUCUGCUCAUGCAUAUCAUCCGUUUUGUAAUGCCCUCGAAGUCCAAGCCACUCAAGAAAUUGCUAUACUUCUUCCUCGAGGUCUCACCGAAACAUGACAACCAAGGGAAAUUGAGGCAGGAGUGGAUUUUGGUUUGCAACGCUAUUCGCUUCGAUCUGCAGCAUGCCAACGAAUAUGUUCGCGGAAACACAUUACGAUUUGUGUGCAAGUUGCGGGAUGCUGAGCUCGUCGAACCUCUCCUCCAGCCGACAAGGCAAUGCCUACAACAUCGUCAUGCUUACGUGAGAAAGAACGCAGUGUUUGCUGUGGCAGCGAUAUAUACGCAUCUGGAGAGUCUAAUGCCGGAUGCCCCCGACAUACUCCUCACGUUCUUGGAAGAGGAGAAUGACCACACUUGCAAGCGAAAUGCCUUUGCAGCUCUUGCUACCAUCAGCCCCGAAAAGGCUUUGGAGUAUCUCAGCAGCGUUUUCGACUCGAUCGCAAAUCAUGAUGAGCUGUUACAACUGGAAGAACUUUUGUUCAUUCGGAGAGAUGCGGCAGCACAUCCAGAGAACAAGGCUCGUUAUCUACGACUCAUUUUCGACCUUCUGGAGUCCAGCGCUGGCACAGUUGUGUACGAAGCGGCCUCUGCUUUGACAGCACUCACGAACAACCCUGUGGCUGUAAAAGCUGCAGCAGCCAAAUUUGUCGAUUUGGCCAUCCGCGAGACUGACAACAACGUGAAGCUCAUUGUUCUUGACCGAGUAGACCAGCUUCGGAAAAAGAACGACUCGAUCUUGGAAGACUUGACCAUGGAAAUCUUGCGUGUUUUGUCGAGUCCGGAUCUCGAUGUUCGGAAAAAGGCACUGGACAUCGCUCUCGAACUCGUCACGUCAAAGAAUGUAGAGGAGGUGGUCCUACUACUAAAAAAGGAGCUUAGCAAGACAGUCGACGAACAAUACGACAAAACGUCAGAGUACCGGGCACUGUUAAUCAACGCAAUCCAUCAAUCUGCAAUCAAACACCCGGAGGUUGCUGCGAGCGUGGUUGGAAGCCUCAUGGACUUCAUCUCAGACGUCAGCUCGGGCACAUCUGCCGUGGACGUCAUCUCCUUCGUGAAAGAAGUAACUGAGAAAUUCCCCGCUCUCAGGCCUUCGAUCGUAGAACGACUUGUCUCUACCUUGAGUGAGGUCAGGGCAGGCAAAGUUUACCGCGGUGUCUUGUGGAUCAUUGGAGAGUUUUCUCUCGAACCCAAAGAUAUCAGGGACGCUUGGAAAGGCAUCAGGCAAAGCUUGGGAGAAAUUCCAAUAUUGGCAUCUGAACAGCGACUGCUUGAGGAGCCCCUCGAAGCGGCGGAGCUCAACGGUCACGCUACUAAGUCCACAGCUGCUCCCUCUGGAUCUCGUAAGGUUCUCGCCGACGGAACAUACGCUACUGAGAGUGCCCUUACUUCUGGCGAGAAAUCAAGGUUGGAAGUGGUCAAGAACUCCCAAAAGCCGCCAUUACGACAGCUCAUUCUGGACGGGGACUUCUACCUUGCUUCUGUUCUCUCUAGCACAUUGACAAAACUGGUCAUGAGGCACUCCGAGAUCUCAAAGGACGUCGCACGGACUAAUGCUCUCCGUGCUGAGGCUAUGCUGAUCAUGACUUCUAUCAUUCGUGUCGGACAGUCUCAGUUUGUCAAGAUUCCUAUUGAUGAAGACUCCGUUGACAGAGUUCUUUCCUGCGUUCGUUCCCUGUCUGAAUUUGCUCAACGGAAGGAACUUGAAAACGUCUUCCUCGAAGACACUCGGAAGUCGUUCAAGCAGAUGGUUCUGGCAGAGGAGAAGAAACGAAAAGAGAAGGAAGAUUCUGAGAAGGCGAAGUCCGCGGUCCAGAUCGACGACGUCUUCACUAUCCGACAGUUGAAGAAGAAGGACGUUGAUGGAGACGAGCUCGAGCUAGAUCUGGAAAAGGCAACUGGCGGCGAUGUUGGCUCCGAAGACCUGUCGUCGAAACUCAGCAAGGUCGUUCAGCUUACUGGGUUCUCGGAUCCCGUCUAUGCGGAAGCCUACAUCAACGUUCACCAGUUCGACAUUGUUCUCGACGUCCUCCUGGUCAACCAGACCACGGAAACUCUUCAGAACCUCACCGUUGAAUUUGCCACACUUGGGGACCUCAAGGUGGUAGAACGACCAACUACCCAGAACGUUGGGCCGCACGACUUUAUCAAUCUUCAGGCCACGAUUAAAGUGUCAUCAACAGACACCGGCGUCAUAUUCGGCAACGUUAUCUACGAAGGCGAGAAGGGCGUGGACUCCAACGUGGUAAUCCUAAACGAUGUCCAUGUUGAUAUCAUGGAUUACAUACAACCUGCAUACUGCACGGAGACACAGUUCCGAACCAUGUGGACUGAGUUCGAGUGGGAAAACAAAGUCAACAUCAACUCCAAGGCGAAAUCGUUGAGAGAGUUCUUGAAGCAGCUCAUGUCUUGCACGAACAUGAGCUGUCUUACUCCAGAAGCCUCAAUGAAGGGCGACUGCCAGUUCUUGUCGGCGAACUUGUAUGCGCGGAGCGUUUUCGGUGAGGAUGCUUUGGCCAAUCUCAGCAUCGAGAAGGAGAGCGAGGACGGACCUGUAACCGGCUUCGUGCGUAUUCGGAGUCGAUCGCAGGGCCUGGCGCUCAGUCUUGGAUCACUGAAGGGGUUGAACAAGGUUGGUUCAACAUGAGAAUGAUGUAUUGGACUGGUAGCGGAUUCGACAUGUUAGACACCCCGAGGUACCCCGGCACGCGAGAAGAAAACGACAUCGUGAUGUCUCUGGAGGCCAGAGUCGAGUGUUUGGGAAUUUAGAGCCCACCAUGGCAUCACGCGGGCGUAGUGGUAGUAUCUGUAAUGCUCACAUAGCGGGGAAGGGCUAGGAAAAGUCAUAGGGGGUAGUCGAGCGGCAUCCACGAAGCAUUAAAGCAAUCACAAAUCCACAACGUCACAUACCCUCCUGAUCGGCGCCUGUAUUGAUGAGCUAUCUAUUGUCUAACCAGUAGUAUUGAGAGUGGAUGUUUUACGCCCAGUUGGAAGAGGGGCAGAAAGGACCUCCCUAUGUAGGAAGCGCAAACGCGCGUGUCGUAUUCACAUAUGC